AUGACGCCGUCGCAAUCGGGCCUAACGCAAAUAUCGCGGCUACAGCAAGGAUUCCGACGCGAUUCUCCCGAUCGCGUUAGUCUCACUAAGAAACAUAUGGAUCACGAUGGACAGCCCCGAACCGUCUGGUCUCCUCAAACUAUGACACCAAAACGAACAACAUCCAACAUGCAAGCCAUCGCCCCAUCAGGAGCUGCAGCUAGUGCAAUAACAAGACGACCGGACAAUUACACCGAAUCGAAUUUACAUUUACGAAGUCGAAGUCAAAGUCCGAAUCAUAUGUUGCUGAAUCAACAGCAAAAUAUUCGAGCACCAGUGAAUACCGUAAGCCGUGACCUAACCAAAGAGCUGCAACGUCGAAGGGACUCAGAUAUGUCAUAUACAGCCGUCUCCACUCGUCUAACACCUGCCAGCUCACGAACGAACCUUAGGGAUACUGAUACUAGAAAAAGCACGGAAGCAUUGAAUAGAAUUGCAGCACUGAGAAGCAAGUAAGC